AUGGGAUCGCCUAACAUUAGACGCUGUCUUAGGACUCUCGUACUAACCAUACUGGCUUCGCCGGCAUUUGCCGAUUGGCAAGUUGGUCAAACAGUCCAGACUUCGAGCGGGCCGGUCAACGGCCACGCUGCGAAGAACGCCAAAGGCGUCUCCGAGUAUCUGGGUAUCCCAUACGCGGAACCGCCUGUCGACGACCUGCGGUGGGCGGAACCCGUCAACUACGAUGGCACUGAAACCGUGAACGGCACGGCAUUUGGAUUCGCGUGCAUGCAGCCCGGGUUUAGUAUAGGCAGCACAGGGAUCAGCACACGACAGAUACUACCGAAUCUCAACCUCACAGUACCAGGAAUUGCACUGCUCGAGUCGUAUGCGAGAACUGUACCACCACAGAGCGAGGACUGCUUGACUCUGAACGUCUGGACGAAGCCUCAGACAGGAGAUGCUAAGAAAGCUGUCAUGGUUUGGAUCCAUGGAGGCGGAUGGACCACAGGAAGUUCAGGUAUUUCCUGGUAUAACGGCCAGUUCUUCGCAGACGAAGAAGACGUCGUCAUCGUGAGUAUCAAUUACCGACUCAACAUCUUUGGCUUCCCUGGAAACCCAGACGUGACACCCAACCUUGGUCUCCUGGACCAGAGGCUAGCCAUAGAAUGGGUUCGGAAUAACAUCGAAGCCUUUGGGGGUGACCCGGAACGCAUUGUCCUGUUUGGCCAGAGUGUUGGGGGCGCGUCCGUCGAUAUGUACACGUACGCGUGGACAUCUGAUCCCAUUGUGAAGGGAGUCAUUGCCCAGAGCGGUGUCGCCUGGUCGUUUCCAAUCCAGACUCAGGAUACGGCCACAGAUCAGUGGCAGGAUGUGGCCAAAAGCCUCGGGUGCACUGGGGACCCAUCUGAGACGCUGGAUUGUAUGCGAAAACUUUCAGCGCAGAAGCUUGUCAAGGCAGACCAGGUCGCCCAAAAGUUUGGCACCAUCUCGGAUGAGAAGCUCGUCUUCUCAGACUACCCGUCACGGAAGCCAGCAGCUAUCCCGGUGGUCGUCGGCCAUACGGACUUUGAGCCGGGCCUCAACCGGGCCCUCUCGACAGUCGAGCUUGCUGAAAGCGUGUGGGACAACCAACAGCACAAUAUCUGGCAAUGCCCAACGGCACAGCGUACGGCAUAUAGUGUGAAUAAUGGAGUCCCGACGUGGCGGUAUCGAUGGUUUGGAGCCUUCCCCAACACGAUCUUAAGCAAUGAUCCACCGAGCGGCGCCUACCAUACAUCAGAGCUCCCUAUCCUGUUCGGUACAGUUCUACAGACCGUGGUGGCCAGCACACCCGCAGAGAAUGACAUCUCCUCCUAUAUGCGUGGCGCUUGGGCGGCUUUCGCCAAGGAUCCUGAGAAGGGGCUUCUAUCCUACAGUGACGGAUGGCCCCAAUACACUGCCGAUGGGGACACACUGGUCCAGCUUGCCUUCGACAGUAGCAAAGGCACAAACCUCGCGGACGGAGCCUCGUUCGAUAGCGGCUGCAGCGUUCCAAGUAGCACAGGUACGCCAUCCGGAACUGGAACUUCCACUCCGACGCCGACGCCUUCUAAUCUGUCAGGCCAUGAUGUUGUUCCAUCACCAGCGAAGGUUCUAGCUGCAGUACUCGCCUGCAUACUUCUUGCGACUCUGUAG